AUGCCUCAUGUCAGGACGAAUGAGUAUGUCAAGGUAGAUGACGAUUUUGAGCUGGCGUACGUGGAGGUUAUUCAUCGCCAUCACAAGCGCACACCAUAUGCCUCGAAUACCUUCCCCAAAGAGUCAUAUCCCUGGGAUUGCUCUGACCAAGGUCUCUUCUACUACGGCGAGCCUCUCAAUCCUGCUGGUAACACAUCGGCGUCAACAUACUGGAGCGUCUACACCAAUCCCAUCAACCCCUUCGCCGCGAGUGGUUUCAACGGGUCGUGCCAAUUCCCUCAAAUCACACGUGAAGGGCUCGAUGAUUCUCUGCAGCAUGGCAAAGACCUCUUCGGCGUAUACCACGACCUGCUCGGUUUCCUCCCCGACAACAUCAACGAAAAGACAACCUGGCGCGUCUCCAACAACGUCAUCACCAGCCAAGUCGCCGGCAUGCUAAUCGAAGGCAUGUACAGCCCCAAGGAAAACGUCCCCCUACACGUCCAACCCUCCACCAUCGACUCGCUAGCCCCAUCCUACUCCUGCCCAGCCGCGUCCGCCCUCUACAGUUCCUACGGCGUCGGCAGCACAGCCGCAAACUGGACGCGACAUCUCGCCGCUACAGCACCUCUCUUCGCCUCUCUCGAUGCUAUAAGCGGUGUGUCCACUGAUUCAUCAGAAUGGCACACCUGGUUCGACCACUACUACGACAAUCUCUCCGCCCGCCAAUGCCACGCCAAAGCCCUACCUUGUAACAUCACCAACCCCGCUCUUUGCGUCUCCCAAAACCAGGCCGAUACCGUGUAUCGCCUGGGACAAUACGAGUACUCAUUUAUUUACCGCGACUCCCCGCUUUCCUUACAAGCAGCUGCUGCUUCCUACGGCGUCUACAUGGCAGAGUUAGUGGAGAACAUGCGCUCCGCACUAGCGGGUCAGAGUCCAGUUCUGUACAGACACAACGUUGCGCACGAUGGGUCGUUGGCCCGGCUACUCAGUUUCCUGCAGAUUGAGCAGAUGGUCUGGGUGGGCAUGGGUUCGGAAGUCGUGUUUGAGGUUUAUCGGAGGAAAGGGUAUGAGACUACCACCGGUGGUACUAGUGAGCGUGAGAAGGCGUAUCUACGUAUUCUCUGGGGUGGACAGGUGAUGAGGAGCUCGAAUCCUAGUCUGGGUAAUAAGGAUGGCGAGGUUGAUAUGAUUGAUCUGGAAGUGUUUUUGGGGUAUGUGGAUGGUUUGGUGGGGAGGCGGGCGAGUAUGGUUGUUGGGAACUGUGCGGCGGAGUAG